AUGGCUGCUGAGGAGGGCGGUGAGCAGAGGCAAGCCGAGAAAGCAAAGGGUUGUGUCAAGUGGUUCAAUGACCAGAAGAGCUCUGGGUUCAUCAUUCCUACUGACGGCGGCACAAAUUUGUUCGUCCACCGCUAUGGAAUUAAGGCCGGCAGUGGAGGGUUUUGCAGUCUGGGCAAGGAUGAAGCCGUCGAGUUUGGAGUGGAACAAGGUGAUGGUGUUCGUACCAAGGCCGCCAAUGUCACUGGCCCAGAUGAGGGACCUGUUCAGGGAGAAAAUGAGCAACGGACAGAGGGGGAAGAAGCCAGCGAAGAGGCAAAAGCGGUGCGAACGAGCUGA